GGUAUAGAGUUAGAGAAUAAUCUGACGUGGGUUAGAAAGUCGGGCUGGUUUCCCGGCGUGUUCGACCCCGUUACUCCCGGUCUCCCCCUUUCCCCCAGGGCCCGGCCCCGAGUCCCCCGCUUCCGCCAUGCUCGACUUCUUCACCAUCUUCAGCAAGGGGGGCCUGGUCCUGUGGUGCUUCCAAGGCGUGCGUGGCCCUGCGGCGGCCUGCACAGCUCCGGUGAACGCGCUGAUCCGAUCGGUCCUGCUCCAGGAGCGAGGUGGUAAUAACUCUUUCACCCAUGAAGCCCUUACACUAAAAUACAAGCUGGACAAUCAAUUUGAGCUUGUCUUUGUGGUUGGAUUUCAAAAAAUUUUGACUUUAACCUAUGUGGAUAAGUUGAUAGAUGAUGUCCAUAAGGAGUUCAGAGAUAAAUACCGAAAUGAGUUCCAGCAGAAGGGAAGUCUUGGAAUUCUCAAUGGCUCUUUUGAUUUUAAAGAAGAAUUUUUACGUCUCUUAUGGGAGGCAGAGGAGAACAGCAAGGCCAAGCCUCCUCCUGCCAUGAAGACAUUUGAACAGUCAGAAAAAUCCAAAAAAAGUGUGAAGACUUUGAUAGAAACCCGAGGGGAGAAACCAAAAGAGAAAACUAAAAAUAAGAAAAGCAAAGGUUCCAAAAAAGAAGCCGCAGCAGAUGAAGCAGUCCCAGUCCCUAAAGCAGUCUCUAUUGUUAAGGAAGAGCCUCCUGUUGCAGCUGGGGACAGGGAAGAACUAACCAAGGAUGAAAUCCUACAGAAAAACCGGGAGGAAUUUUUCAGGAAACGUAUGAGGGGGGGAGAGAAGUCCAACAAGUCCCCAAAGCAGGAUGCUCAAAAGGACAAGGGGAAGAAGCCCAGAGUGUGGGAUCUGGGAAACUCUAAUGCCAAAGUACUUGAUUAUAGUAACUCUACUACCAAUGGAAACACAGACACUUGUCCCGUGGAGGAGUACUAUGUAGAUAUGAUCAUUGGGGAUCGUGACCCUGAGCCUGGCCGCCUCCGUGACCUCGAAUAUGAGAGUGAAGAGGAAACAGAAGAGGAAGAAAAGGUGGUUCAGAAUCCCUCAAGUGGAAGUGCCAAGAAAGGUGGCCUUGGAGGCAUGUUUGGUAUGCUGAAAGGCCUUGUGGGCUCUAAAAGCUUAACCAGAGAGGAUAUGGACCCUGUGCUGGAGAAGAUGAAAGAUCACUUGAUCACUAAAAACGUGGCUGCUGAGAUUGCUGUUCAGCUGUGUGAAUCUGUUGCAAAGAAGCUGGAAGGCAAAGUGAUGGGCACCUUUACUACGGUGACUUCAACAGUGAAGCAGGCCCUUCAGGAGUCUCUGGUGCAGAUCCUACAGCCCCAGCGCCGCGUGGAUGUCUUGCGUGAUGUGAUGGAUGCCCAGCGUCACCGUCGACCUUACGUGAUCACCUUUUGUGGUGUCAAUGGAGUUGGGAAGUCAACCAACUUGGCCAAGAUUUCUUUCUGGCUGAUUGAAAACAAGUUCAGUGUUCUCAUUGCUGCCUGUGAUACGUUCCGUGCUGGAGCUGUGGAGCAGCUGCGAACUCACACUCGGCGCUUGAAUGCUCUGCACCCGCCAGAGGACCAUGGUGGCCGCACCAUGGUGCAGCUUUAUGAGAAGGGGUAUGGGAAGGAUGCGGCUGGCAUUGCCAUGGAGGCCAUUUUGUACGCACGUAACCAGGGAUUUGAUGUGGUCUUGGUGGACACGGCGGGCCGUAUGCAAGACAAUGCUCCUUUGAUGACAGCUCUGGCUAAACUCAUUGCAGUCAACGCCCCGGAUCUCGUCCUGUUUGUGGGGGAGGCCUUGGUGGGAAACGAGGCUGUGGAUCAGCUGGUCAAGUUUAACAAGGCUCUCGCUGAUCAUUCUAUGUCUCAGACCCCACGUCUCAUCGAUGGGAUAGUGCUAACCAAGUUUGACGCCAUAGACGACAAGGUUGGUGCUGCGAUCUCCAUGACGUACAUCACUAGUAAACCAAUUGUGUUUGUGGGUACUGGACAGACCUACUCUGACCUGCGUAGCCUUAAUGCCAAGGCUGUGGUUGCUGCUCUCAUGAAGGCUUAACCACCAGUUAUUGCACCAAAUUCCUGCGGAUGUCUCAGAAUGUGCUUGCCAGUGUGAUUGUCUUUGUCCUUUUUAUUUUUAUUUUGUUGGGAUAGUGCACAAAGAACAGAGGGAAGCUGAAAGAAGAGAUGACUUUUCUGUCUUUCAGUCUUCCUUUUGUUUUCUUUUAACGCACACUUUCCUUCUCUCAUUUUAGCAAAGGGCGCCUUUUGUCCAUGAUGUUACUCUCAUUUGAAAUGAACUACGCAUGUCAUGCUCAGUGGCUCUAAAGUAUUUGCUGGGAGUGAAGAAGAGAGAAUCUUUCUCUAGCUGAAAAGUCCAUUGGCUGGAUUACUUUCAAGGCCAUCUUCACCUGCCCAGUUGAGCCCUUUUUCCUAUCUUCCUUUGUUCUGCCCGCCUGGGACGAAGGAUGGACCUAGAGCUUCGUAUUGGCUCGUGAGUGUUAGAAGGAUGUAGUGGUUAGCGGUUGCUCUGCUGCUAACACAGCACCUGUGAGCUCUGAUGUAUGUAAAGCUCGCUCUGUGUCCUGGGCCUGCACAGCCACUCCAGAUGACGUUGCGGUGAGGUAGAAUGCACGAGAGUCCUUUUGCUGGCUAUUGGGUUGAUUCUUCACAGCAAGUUAGCUAACCUGGAGUGGAAAUUGAUGCAGCUUAGUGAAAGUUCUACUGGGUCAAGCUUCAUCAUCACAGUUUGCUUUGGUUUAUUUUCAGACCAAAGCAUUAACCAUUACGAGGGUCAGUCUUCUUACUUGGAGAGACAGGCAGUGGGUCCUCCUUUCUCCUGGCAGUGGAGCAGAACUGUCCGUUUAUUUUUCCAGGUCUCGUAGUGCUUCUAAGGAGCCUUCAGGGCCAAUUCUGAUCUCACACUUGUGUUUUCCUGAUGAUGUCUCCCCAGCUGACCAGAGAGCUGCUGCUUGUUUCAUCUUUUUGUUGUGUUUGUUUUUGUGGGAAUGAAUGCCAGCCAAGGGUCAUGACUACCAUGCUUGUCACUGCAAUUCCCCUCUUGCGUUGAGCUUGACUUAAUCAUUUUUGGGGAGCACGUACUGUAAUUUUGCACACUACGCACUCAAGUUGAGUGUGCAAAGCUGAAGUUUGUGCUCAUAAGGAACCUUUGCCCCUCCCCCCAACUCACCCCCCAAAACAGGGUCUAAUCCAAACCAGGUAAAACAAACAUGUAGCUAGAAGAAGAGCUGCUUGUGUGGAUUCACUUUAAUGCUGCUAGAUGACCAUAUCAGAUCAAGAGUUGGGUAUCUUCUGCACCACAUGACUCCUCCCUGAUCUUACAGAGUCCAAUUCCAUAACCAGGUUUGAACAAUCACAGCUCACUGUGGCUUAUUUAAGCUACAGUGGGUUGUGGCACAGGCCAGAAAGCUUUCAAAUAUUCAAGCUGCAACUGUGGCUUGUUGUGCCAUCUGAACCCAAUGAGGGCAGUCAACAAACCACCCAGAACGCAUGGGCUGUUUGCGGAUGGUUUGUUAAUCAUGCUAACAAUCCACCAUUGCUGGUUCAGAGGACACAAAAAGCUAUGGUUGUAGCUUAAACAUUCAAAAUGGCCACCAACUCUGGCUUGAGUUGACAAGCCAGGGUGGACUGCUCGAUUGUGUAAACUGGCCAAAUAAUUCUGCUUCACCUAUAUUUUGCUGUCUAAUCAUCAGUGGUCAGAAUAAAAUGGUUCAGUAUGGGUCUUUGCAUGCGCUCUUGCUACACUGGCUUUUGCUUUUCCAAACCAGUCUAUGAAAGGAACAUUCUGGUCGGGCAAGGCUGGUGGUUGCUUGCUGCUUUUCUGCCCCCUUCCCCCCUCCCUCCAGAGUGCCUCUUGAUCCUGGUAUAAAGUGCUAUGUUGAAUAAUACAAAAUUCUAUGAAGACGUCUUGUAGCUCGGUAUCGCAGAUGUGCUCUAGUGCAAUACGUUGAAUGCUGUCUGCUAAAAGUAAUUUAUAUAAUAAAAUUUCUUUGAAAAACCA